UAAACUUUUACUGGAGCGAUUAAAGACAGUGGAGGCAGAGAACAGCUCCCUUGUCUUGGAGAAUGAACAACAAAGACAGCUGUGUGAGAACUGUCAUGACGACAUAGCCCAUCAGGUGGUCCAGGCCUUGUUAGCUCAGAAGGUAGUUAUCUUAAAAAUUGCGAUUUCUUUACCAAUAUGUAGCUCUACCUGUCAAUUUAUGCAUUGACUACAAUAGGUUAUUUUUUUAUUUUUAGUUUAUGAUUAUUCAGUUCAAAUUUUUUUUUAAACAAAUAUAAAACUUGAUAAAUACCUUUUUUUCUAUUUGAGAUGUCUUUCAUGGCUGAUGUCUUUAAUUUCUUUUAUGGCUGAUGUGUCUAUUCAAUAAACUUUUACCCAUAACUGGGAGUAACCCAGGACUAGAUUCAAACCCGCUUCGCCUAAAACAUGAGACAGGCAAUGUUACCAUGGUGGCUGAUGGCAGUGGCUUGCCUGUUACCUUCAAUUAUUGAAUAAUCUUAGCUGAAAAAAAUUUUAAACAUUAGUUUUAAAGAUUUGGACAUUUAAAGUUCUGAUGUUUAAUUUCCUGGUCCAUGCAGUUUAAGCCAGAUAAAGUCAUUGAGUUUCGUGGAUGUUUUUUUUCAUUUUUUUUUCAAUUUUUCAGUACCACCAAUUACAUUUGAUUUAAUCAAUAAUACUUUAUCAUUUAUUAGAAAUGUAAAUUUGAAAACAAUAGAAUAAUAAUUUUAAAAUUAAAAUGAUUUUUUUCCCCCUUAAAUUGUUCUCUUAAAACUCUCAGACUGCAUAUGUUCUCAUCUAUGUAAAAUUGUUUGUACUUGAUACCUCUAAGUUGUGACAUAUGCAAUUGACAUCUCUAAGUUGUAGUAUGUAUGGCAUCUUUCCGUCUGCAUGAGACGAUAGAUUAUCUUUAUUGCUUGCAGCUCUUGGUGUGGCUGGUGAGACCAAUCCUCGAAUGGCAGUCUCUGUUACAUUUCCCACACACGAAUGCGGUGGAGCAGUAUUUACCGGCCUUCCUCCUCGCUCUUUUUGCAGCUGUUUCCGCCCUGUUUUGAUCCUCAGCAUGUAGUGAUCCUGCCUUCACGAUGCCCCGCCAUGAGGAUCGAUCCUCUGCCAGCUCCUCCCAGUUUGAGAUGUCGAUGUUGGCCGACUUCAUGUCUCUUUUGCAUAUGUCUAAGUAUCUCAGACGAGGCCGUCCAACUGACCUUUUCCCUGUCGCCAGCUCGCUGUAUAGCACGUCCUUUGGUAUGCGACCAGAUUGCAUUCGCUUGACGUGUCCAAGCCAGCGGAGGCGUCUUUGGAUUAACAUGGCUGGGACGCUACACAUGUUUGUUUGGGACAGGACAUCCGUGUUGGGGACUUUGUCUUGCCAUUUAAUGUCAAGGAUGUGGCGCAGGCAUCUGAGGUGGAAGCCAUUGAGCCUACGCAUCCAUACAGAAGUGUGCUCAGUACGCAGGCCUGGUACACCUGCAGCUUAGUUCUUGUUGUUAGUUUGGCGUUUGACCAGACUCUUUUCUUCAGUCUGGCCAUAACAGUUGCGGCCUUCCCUAUCCUCCCACUUAUCUCAUCCUCCAUUGAGAGGGUGCUCGAUAUGUUGGAUCCCAGAUAUGUGAAUCUGUCAACAGUAUCCAAGUCGUAGUCGUGGAUGACGAUAGUCGGGAGGGAGUCAGCGCCCUGUGCCAUAAUGUUAGUUUUCUUUAGGCUAAUUGUCAGACCAAACUCUUUGCAGGCAGCGGAUAUGCUGGAUACGAGGCUCUGCAGGCCGUCAGCUGUGUGAGAUACCAAAGCGGCAUCGUCCGCAAACAAGAACUCUUGCAGCAAGACCUUUCUUGUUUUAUUCUUAGCUCUAAGGAUGGCAAUGUUGAAUAAUUUGGCGUCAUCUCUAGUGUGCAUGUAUAUCCCUUCGCUGUUGUUCUGAAAGGCAUACUGGAGUAGGAUGGAGAAAAAGAUUGCAAAUAAAGUAGGAGCCAGCACGCAACCUUGCUUAACUCCACUACUCACUGGAAAAGCUUCUAAGUUGUGCACAUCUGUUAUUGACACCUCUAAGUUGUGCACAUCUGUAAAUGACACCUAAGGUGUGCACAUCUGUAUUGUCACCUCUAAGUUGUGUAAAUCUGUAAUUGGCACCUCUAAGUUGUGUACAUAUGUAAUUGACGCCUGUAAGUUGUGUACAUCUAUAAUUGACACCUCUAAGUUGUGCACAUGUGCACUAAAAAAUAAGCAGCCCGGUUUCUGGUUAAUUGUGCAAGGUUUCCUGUACCAUGCACAUAAUAUUGUUUUAGAGUUUAAACAUAAUAUUCCUGCAAAAAGUUAUAGACUGUAUAAAAUAUUGUGUAACUGACUUUGACAAUUUUGAUGCAUGUCGCCUUUAAUUAUUGUUUUCAAAUUUAAACUUUAGUUUAGGUUAUUUAAGUCUUGAAUGUGGGAAGCAAUGCUGUCUUAAGUAAGGCAAGGCGUACCUAUUUAAAUUUGAUGCUAAGACAAUAAUUAAAUGCUGGCCACAAAAAUAUGACCAAAUGUGAAAAUAUUUGUGCACAGGGAUUCUCACAAAGGCAGCCUCAAGGAAAAUUGGGUCAAAUUUAUUCAAAAUUAAUUUAGAUCCCCAAGAUGCAAAUAAGUUCCCAAACGUUCCUUGAUAGAGUCUAGUGUUCAGAAUAUGCAAAAUAAAGAAUUGUGCUAAAAAUGAUGUUUAUUGUAAAAGAUUUUAAGUUCUAUAAAUAUAUACCCGGUAUUUUUGAAAUAUGUAUUUUUAGGCAUUGAAUUUCUUAAGGCAUGGGCACACCAGGUUUUGCCAGGGCCUCACACUUCUAUUGGCACCAUGCAUCUAGGGGGCCUCACACUUCUAUUGGCACCAUGCAUCUAGGGGGCCUCAUACUUCUAUUGGCACCAUGCAUAUAGGGGGCCUCAUACUUCCACUGGCACCAUGCAUAUAAAGGGUCUCACACUUCUAUUGGCACCAUGCAUCUAGUGGGCCUCACACUUCUUUUGGCAUCAAAAUAGAUGUAGUCAUAAAAGUAGAAGUAGUCAUCAAAGCACAGGUAGUCAUCAAAGCCAAAAAGUGGUAGAGGUCUCCAAAAGUCAUGGGACAGCUUUUAUUAGGGUUAUUGUUAAGGUUUCAGUUUUAAAUAACUCUUUGUUAAUGCGCUGAAUUUCUUAUUUUUAAAUGUGCAAUCCGUGGAAAAUUACAUUUACUAUGAUAGCGGUUAUCUUCUUAAUGCACUAAAACAGGGGCUCUUAACCAGAGGGUGCAGGAAGACCCAAAAAUAUCUUAAACUCUUAAAAGACGGUAGAUUUUUCACGUUUUUAUGACCUUGAAUACUAUUUAUUAUUCAAACAGUCUCAUGGGUGUAAUUGUUGUAGUUACCUACAAGCAUUUUAUAUCAUUUUAAUGGUAAUUGUUGUAGUUACCUACAAGCAUUUUAUAUCAUUUUAAUGGUAAUUGUUGUAGUUACCUACAAGCAUUUUAUAUCAUUUUAAUGGUAAUUGUUGUAGUUACCUACAAGCAUUUUAUAUCAUUUUAAUGGUAAUUGUUGUAGUUACCUACAAGCAUUUUAUAUCAUUUUAAUGGUAAUUGUUGUAGUUACCUACAAGCAUUUUAUAUCAUUUUAAUGGUAAUUGUUGUAGUUACCUACAAGCAUUUUAUAUCAUUUUAAUGGUAAUUGUUGUAGUUACCUACAAGCAUUUUAUAUCAUUUUAAUGGUAAUUGUUGUAGUUACCUACAAGCAUUUUAUAUCAUUUUAAUGGUAAUUGUUUAAUUUGUUUGAUUGUUUAAAUGUAUUAGUUAAAAUUGAUUUAUUAUUUUAGGCAUUAAUCCUUAAAAGUCGACAAAAACGUAACAUCACAGCUUUACAAGAUAGGAAAAAAUUUGUUACCAAUUAUAGCAACAGAACUGAUAUUUUAUUAGCAUUUAUUCAAUUUUACAACAUGUAUUAAAAUUUACAUUAUAUGCUUUAUAUUUUCUUCCCCAACCCUGUGCUUUAUAAUUCCAAAAUAAAACCACAUUUUCUCAUGAGUCAGAUCAUAGUAUAGGAGUCUCUUUUUUUUCUUCAGUUUUACUCAUUUUAAUUUUCUUAGUGUUUUUUUUUUCAGUUGCAUAUCUUUGAUAUUGACAAUGUCAUCUACGUUUCACACGUUACAAUAACCAACAAAUAUUUUCAUCUUCAAUGAGUUUUGUAGCAAAAGUGAAUUAUCUGAACCACAUCAAGUACAAGUACAAUUAUUUGAUUGCAAUACUUUGUUUUUUACUUCCAGGUUAAUACAGUCUACACAAGUGACAAGUGUCAUGACAGUGGAAUCCAAGACAUUUCAGUAGAUGCAUAUCAUACUUUCUUGGCUGACAGCUGAAUGUACACCUUAUCAUCUUGGCUGACAGCUAAAUGUACAACAUAUCAUCUUGGCUGGCAUCUGAAUGUACAACAUACCAUCUUGGCUGACAGCUGAAUGUACACCAUAUCAUCUUGGCUGACGGCUGAAUAUCCACCAAACCAUCUUGGCUGAUAGCUGAAUGUACACCCUAUCAUCUUAGCUGAAAGCUAAAUGUACAACAUAUCAUCUUGGCUGGCAUCUGAAUGUACAACAUACCAUCUUGGCUGACAGCUGAAUGUACACCAUAUCAUCUUGGCUAACAUCUGAAUGUACAACAUACCAUCUUGGCUGACAGCUGAAUGUACACCCUAUAAUCUUGGCUGACAGCUAUAUGUACAACAUAUCAUCUUGGCUGCAUCUGAAUGUACAACAUACCAUCUUGGCUGACAGCUGAAUGUACACCAUAUCAUUUUGGCUGAAAGCUGAAUGGACACCAUAUCAUCUUGGCUGACAUCUGAAUGUACAACAUACCAUCUUGGCUGACAGCUGAAUGUACACAUCAUCUUGGCUGACAUAUGUAUGUACACCACAUCAUCUUGGCUGACAGCUGAAUUUACAACAUCCCCUCUGGGCUGACAUCUGGAUGUACAACAUACAAUCUUUACUGACUCUGAAUGGUCACCAUGUCAUUUUGACUGACAUCUGAAUUUACUCCAUAGCAUCUUGGAUGACAUCUAAAUCUACAACAUAUUUUGGCUGCCAUCUGAAUUUACAAAAUCCUACCUUGGCUGCCAAUGAGUCUCAAC